AUGAAGCCAGCCGAAAAGAGAAGAAGAAGUCGUGCCGCAUCAGUGGCUCCUCGCGACAGCAAUGGACGUUUCACACCAAGGAAGAAGGUUACUGGAGGAAGUCGUCGUCAAGCCCGAUCCGUGUCUCGUGCAUCAAGUUCGUCUCGUCGCAGCAGAAGCCGUAGUGUCAGCACCUACCGCUCCUCCAGUCGUCGAAGCCGUUCCCGCUCUGCACGCUCCACGCCCCGCCGUCGUCGUUCCAUCUCGAAGCGUUCGACCAGAUCGGUCUCUCAAAAAGGAGAGAGAGACGGAAGAUCACGCAAGAUUGUGAAGAGAACAGUUCGUGUUCGCAGUUCUUCCCGUUCUCGCUCCCGUUCAGUGUCCACUGCCAGAGAACCAAGCCGCCGCCGUGUUCGACGUGCCGUCAAGACCAACCGUUCGGGUAGAAGCAGAAGCAGAAGCCGUUCUUCGUCCCGUCGACCAUCUUCUCGCCGCUCAGCCAAGAGAAGCGUCUCAAGACGUUCGAACCGUCGGGCCACUCCAAAAGUGAGCCGUCGUCGUGUUGCACGUGAAUCACGCAAUUCGAGCAGCAGCAGAUCCCGAAGCAGAAGCAUCAUUCGCAAGAUGGCCAGAGGGAAAUCUACCAGAGGCCACCGUAUGGCUUCCCACUGUGGAUAA